AUGCCCUCCAUCGUCGCGCUCAUGGGGUCGGAGAACGAGAAUGCGCGUGCGGGCGCCAUGAUGUUGCUCUCGUCGCUCGCCCCCGAGAACGCGGGCGAGGUCGUCGCCUCGGGUGGCAUUGGGAUGAUGAUUGAGUCGCUUUCGCGCGGCGCGACAGACCAGACGCUCCACACGCUCGCGCAGCUCUCAAAAAAUGCUGUCCACGCCGUCUCGAUCGCUCAGCAGCCUGGGGCGCUGACGCAGCUGGUUGAGCUUGUGAGCCACCCGCACAUUCGCGAGCUCGUCGUGACCAUACUCUCCAACCUGUGCGCGCUCGGAGUUAUCACGGCCGACUUGCUCUCGAGUCCGCAGACGCUCCACAAGCUCGUCGCACCGCUGAUGCAAGGCGGGCUCUCGCCCGAGAUGCGGUUGGGACUACUGUCGCUGCUCUCGCGCGCAUCGCACGAGCCGGGCGGGAGGCAAGCUCUCGCGACAGUCGGUGCGCCGCGCCUCCUCGUCGAGGCGGCCGACGGGUCGAGCGACGCGGCCGCCGUGGGGCACGGCCUCCAGGCCCUCGCCCACCUCGCAGCCGAUGAGAACUUCCGCUCGCAGCUGUCGGGGUGGGGAGCGCUGCGGCCGCUCUGCGCCUCGCUCUCGUCCGCACGCGCGCCCGACCCGCGCACGCGUGCAAUCGCUCUCUCCGCCGUCGCCAACGUCUCGUACGUCGAGCCAGCGGCGCUGCUAUCGGCCGGCGUCGCGCCGCACCUCGCCAGCCUUCUCUACGAGACGGAGCCCAACCUCCUGCGCAUGGCGCUCACAGCGCUGCUCAACGUGACGCGCGACGCCUCCGCCGUACCGCCGCACUGCGCCGGCGAAAUGCUCGCUGCCGGCGCCCCCGCUGCUGUCGUCGGCUUGCUCGCCCACGCCGAUGCUGACAUCCGCGCCAUCGCGGCGGCCGCGGUUGCCUCGCUGUGCCAGCUCCCGCACCUGGUCGUCGGCCUCGCCUCCGCGGGCGCCGGUGUGGCGCUCAUGCGCCUCCUCGUCCAUACCCCCGACCCGACGAUGGCGCGCACCAUCGCUUCCGCCAUGCCCGCCCUGCUGAUUGACGAGCAGUCUCGGGCGGCGGCGCGAGACGCGGGCGGCGCCGUUGCGCUCAGCGGCGCCCUCGGCGCGAGCACCGACCCCGACGCUCGGCUCACCAUUGUGUGCGCGCUUGCGGCGCUCGUCGGUGGCGACUGGCGCGCGGCUUACAAGGCCGCCGGCUGGCCGCCGAUCAUCGGCUCGCUGCAGGCGCUGCAGCACGUGGCGACCCAGCGCGCUGACAUGCUCGAAGCAUACUACGCCGUCGCCCGCGGCGCGGCGGCUGCCCUGAGCGAGUCGGAUGGGCGCGACAGCCUGGCCGCCGACAGCCGCGCGCUCAACUUUGUGUGUACCUCGCUGUGGGCGCUCGCGCACGAGCAGUCCGACUUGGCCGCGGGCGCGGCCUCUGCGCACGUUGCUCUCUUGCGCGAGAUGAGCAGCAAGUCAGAGCGAGCCAGCACGAGGGACUCCAUCUCGGAGCAGUUCGACAACGCGCUCAAGCUCCUCGUCGAGGUCUCCGCUGACCCGGAGCUCGCAAGCGCGCUCGCUGCCGCCGGAGCACCCGCUGCGCUCAUGCCGCUGCUCAGCGGCCCGCACGCGCUGGUCGCUGCCCGUAGCCUCGCACCGCUUCUGACGGACGAGGCGGCUCGCGAGGCGGCGUGCACCUCGAGCAACAUCGACACGAUGAUCGAGGCGCUCGUCACGACCGAGCAGGAGGAGAUGCGCUUGGCCAUCUCGCUUGCACUCGCGGGACUCGUCGGUGGCGACUACAGCCAGGUCCACGCUGCGGGCGGUUGGAAGGCUGUCGUCACCGUCCUCGCCGCCACUGCCGCCACAGCGUCGCCCCAGAUGGCAACUUUCGCUUCGGGCGCGCUCUCGCCGGUCAUCGAAGCGCUCGACAAGCCACACCCGGCGUCGGCGGCGCCGACCCAGCCCUCCUCGCCGGCCAAGGUGGAAGCCGCGCCUCCGCCGACGGCGGGCGCUCUCAUCGAGAAGGCCAUGUCUUCCGCCUCGAUUGGCGCCCAAAAUGUCGCUUCACCCGAGAAGCCAAAAGUGUCGCUGGCGAUCGCGGCGGACCUCGACUAG